AUGCCCGGCGCCCGGGUCGCGGCCCACCUGGACGCGCUGGGCCCCCUGGUCCCCUACGUGCCGCCGCCGCUGCUGCCCUCUAUGUUCUACGUGGGCCUGUUCUUCGUUAAUGUGCUGAUCCUGUACUACGCCUUCCUCAUGGAGUACAUCGUCCUCAACGUGGGCCUCGUCUUCCUGCCCGAGGACAUGGACCAGGCGCUCGUGGACCUCGGCGUGCUCUCCGACCCCGGCUCGGGCCUCUACGAUGCCGACUCGGAGCUCGACGUUUUCGAUGGGUACUUGGAGUAGGGUCUUGACUGCCAUCCCUCCCUCCCCUCCACGAUCCGCAAGCCUUGGCCUGGACCAGCCGCCCAGAUUAUGUCGCUGCUGCUGGUUGGGGGUCCUCCCCAGCUUCCGAGGCCUGCCUGCUCCCUUCAAAAGCUUCGUGCCAACAGAGGGAUGCCCGUUUGCACCCAGGAGUGUGGAAGGAGAGAUGGGGACCAGUGCCGAGGUUGGGAAGGUAUCUUCCCCCAAAGAAUGGGAAAGGUGAGGGGCAUCCGGAGACCUCUUCUGCCUGCAGCCUCACACAGACAGCCUGGCCAUGGCUUAUGACUUUUUGCAGUCGCGAUGGAUGUUUACAGGAACCCAGCCAGAGUUUGCCUCCCUGCACUUCACCCCCGACUGCAUCUGCUUCCCACUCUUAACCUUCGGAGAGGACACUUCCAACCGUGCACACACGCAAAAGCGACUCCGUUUGAUGCCAGUUGAGCCUUAAGCCCGGCUGGGUUUGGCCUGAGGCCGGUCUUAGAUUUAGUGACUGUUUUUGGGCAGUGACUCAAAAGAAAGGAGCCGAGGAAGCAUGCUGAGGGCCGAGGGUAGGUUUUUGACUUCAUCAUUUCAGGUUGUUCUUCAUCAAGUUGGCAGAACCAAGACGUCAUGCUAGGGGAGUGCCACGUUGCUCCUCUGGCCACAAAUAUAUUUUUGAAAAUGUGAGUAGUGUGUAUACUUGAUUUGGACAUACCUGUAAACGCAAUACUUAGGAGGCUGACUUCUUUUGAUUAAAACAUGUAUGCAACUCCGACCCCUGGGGGCCCUGCCUUUUUUUUUUUUCUUUCAGAUUCAAGAAAGAGGUGCUUUUAUGGAACCUCAUGGUUGACAUAGGGCAGAAGAGUCAGGGCUUCCCAAGUUGGAGAUCCAGCAGGGUUUGGAGACUCUACCCCAGCUGGGCUGGCCUGAGAGUUCCAGACUGGCCCCUUUCCGGCUUCCACAAGCCUGAACUGCUCGGGGCAGACUUUGGGGUGUGGUGGGGAAAGCCUGGUGGCCACGCUAGAAAUCAUGCCUAAACCCCAGAGAAGUGGAGGUGUGAUCUCCCCGUGCCAGGAUCACGGUAGACCUCUGUUAAAGAAGAGGGGAGGAAAGGAGGGAAAGAACCAAUGAAUGAGUGAAAUUGGGUCCUUGCAGCUUCAUGGAAAAAUGGCAGGAAUUCUCUCCAAUCUGCAGAGCACUUGAUGGUUUUCAAAGCACCCUUACAUACACACCAGGUUAAGCAAGGCACAGAGAGAGGAUUAGCCCCAUUCUAUAGAUGAGGAGACUGAGUGGGGUGUAGUAAAGUUACAGCAGAACCUAGAGGAGAGACAGUGUAGCAUCACUUGUCUUCAUGUGACUCCUAAGGAAGGGGAUGCGAAGAAAUGCGAAAAGAAGGUAUUUGAGAGACCCUGGGAAAAAGAUGAAUGUGGGAAGGGAGACGUUUGAGUUGGGAGAGAGGCUUGAGGGGAAAGGAGAGGGUUCAGAAGGUGCCUGUGCCCGCAGAGAGAUCCUCCAAAGAAAUUGGAAGUUGAAUUGACAUCUUGAGUCCUUUCUUUAUAGGGUGUGACCUAUAAAUAUCACAUCUGUGACAUGCGGACGGUGAUUUACCCACCUGUUAUGAUGACUUCGUGUUAAUCACAAAAAGGUGCCACUGUGGGCUGACGCAGCCCUAUACCGGGACUCACAGCUUGGCAAGCAGAGCCCCGACUAGUUUGCAGCCCCUGUUAUCUCCUUGUCACAGUGCCUUUGUGCAGUGCACAGACUGCCCAACCACACCUGGCGGCUCUGUCCAGAGAGUUUUUAAAAUUUGCUAAAAUGCAAGACUCACCAUGACGGGAAACUUGAGCAUCUUACUACAGUAACCACUGUGGUGUGUACUCAGUACAUUUUUGUAGAAUGAAUAAAGCAAAGUUAUGAUGAGUA